AUGCGUCGCGGAGGUAGGCCAAGUUUAAGGCAAGGUCUAGAUCGUGAGGUUUAUCAGGUCGUGCACAAAUUUAUUGAGGACCAAGCCGAGAAUGAUAAGAUUCGCCUUUCGGUACCGACCAUUUACGACUCCAUCAAAAGGUCAAACUCUAGUUUGAACCGAAAGCCGAAGAGAAUCCUAGAAGACAGUAUCGAACGGGUUGUGGAGGUAAUAAAAACGGAUUUACUUGGGGAAGAUGAAGAUGACUCCGUAACCGGAGACUUUGAAGGCUUGGAAGAACAACAACAACAACAACAACAACAACAGUCACCUGUUACGGCAUCCAAUAGCCUGAAUAAGAGCAUCGUAGGCAUGUGGAACAACACGUCCUCAGCACCCUCUAAGACGCCUGAGGCCAAUGGCGCAGAAGCUGCAACCCCUGCGCCUAAGUCAAGCAAGAGACGACAGCAUGGGGGUGAGUCCCAUUCUUCCAAGCGCCGCAAGGCCGAGAGCGCGAUUGAUCGAUCUCCGCCUACACAUGUCAGCCUUUCAGAUUUGGGUGGAUUGGACGACGUGGUCCAAGAGCUUGGAGAUCUUGUCAUCCUACCCAUGACUCGUCCGCAGGUUUAUAUGUCAUCGAAUGUACAGCCUCCCCGAGGUGUGCUGCUACAUGGUCCACCAGGAUGCGGGAAAACUAUGAUUGCAAACGCGUUUGCGGCGGAGUUGGGUGUCCCAUUCAUUUCCAUAUCAGCACCCUCCAUUGUCUCUGGUAUGUCAGGAGAGUCUGAGAAGGCGCUACGAGAAUAUUUUGAGGAAGCCAAGAGGAUAGCACCUUGCCUUAUUUUCAUCGACGAGAUAGACGCCAUCACUCCAAAGAGAGAAAGUGCACAGAGGGAAAUGGAAAAGAGGAUUGUUGCUCAGCUUCUAACGUGCAUGGACGACCUGGCGCUGGAGAAAACCGAUGGAAAGCCUGUGAUUGUUCUUGCCGCUACGAAUCGACCGGACAGUCUGGACGCUGCUUUGCGUAGAGGAGGGAGGUUCGACAAGGAAAUCAACAUGACUGUACCCUCGGAGCCUGUCAGAGAACAGAUUCUACGAGCACUAACGCGCAAGAUGCGUCUGGCAGACGAUAUAGAUUUCAAAUACUUGGCCAAUAGAACGGCUGGCUUCGUGGGAGCCGAUCUUAAUGAUUUAGUUUCCACUGCUGGUUCUGCUGCCAUAAAACGAUACUUGGAGAUAAUAAAAGCAAACAGUGGAGAGGAAAUGGAUAUCGAAGAGGCAGUUGAUCUCAGUCCCAAGGUGAAGGAGCUGCGGCGGUUAAUUACGCAUGCCAAAGAAACGCCAAUCGGAGAGGAAGUGCAAGUGGUUCUUGUUUCAAAUGCAGACUUCCUAACUGCACUUCCUAAGAUCCAACCCUCCUCUAAACGAGAGGGAUUUGCCACCAUCCCAGACACGACUUGGGAAGAUGUCGGCGCUCUCGGGGGUGUCCGUGAAGAACUUACUACUGCAAUUGUCGAGCCUAUCAAAAACCCCAGUCUGUACGCGAGUGUUGGUAUUACAGCCCCCACUGGUGUUCUCCUCUGGGGUCCGCCUGGGUGCGGUAAAACAUUGCUCGCUAAGGCUGUGGCCAACGAAUCUCAUGCCAACUUUAUCAGUGUCAAGGGCCCCGAGUUACUUAAUAAAUACGUCGGUGAAUCCGAACGUGCGGUGCGGCAAGUAUUUGUUCGCGCUCGCUCGUCCGUCCCUUGUGUUAUAUUCUUUGAUGAGCUUGACGCCCUAGUACCACGACGAGACGACACUGUUUCUGAAGCCUCUGCACGUGUAGUAAAUACGCUACUCACUGAGCUUGAUGGCCUGGGCAGUAAUCGCCAAGGUAUUUACAUAAUAGCAGCCACGAAUCGGCCGGAUAUUAUCGAUCCCGCUAUGCUUCGCCCGGGUCGACUGGAGACACUUCUCUUCGUGAACCUGCCUAGCCCCUUGGAGCGGGCUGAGAUCUUACGGACGCUAGUCCGCAAUAUUCCUGUCGACUUCAACGAUGACCUCAGAAGGUUGGCCGAGGAUUGUGAAGGGUUCAGCGGUGCUGACCUAGGAAGUUUGCUCCGCCGUGCUGGAUACGCUGCCAUCAAGCGGAGGGACACAAUAAAGCAUGAGGAUUUUGUGGCUGCGAAAGCAUUCAUCCGGCCUAGCGUUACAGACCUCAAAAAAUAUGAGAAGCUGCGGAGGGAUUGGAGUGGAGGUGUUAUAUAG